CUCAGCUUUUCCGUCUUCUUUUUAUCGAUAGAUUUCAGAGGGGUUUAGCAGUGGGGUUUCUUUAUCCUCUCCCUAUUCUCUGUCCACGACCCUGCACCCCUUUGGUCGAUCCUUCGAGCGAGAAUUCGUAAUCGCUCAUUUGUGAAGAGUUGGGAUUGAAAAGCUUGUAUGAAAAAGAUUCCGGAAAAGGAAGGCAACCAAUCUGGAUAUAUUCAGCCCUACGCUUCUUUGGUUAUCGAAGCUGUAAUCAGCAAUCCUGCAAGGUCGUUGAUCUAGAUUAACGGCAAGGUAUACUGCGCAUAUCUGUCGUGUACAGAUACGAGUAUCUUAUACAUCGGCUUUUUUCCCCAGCUUCACAUUCCCCCAUCAACAAACGUCGAUUGCAAAAGAGGCUGCGCAGCCUCAUAACUUGCCCCCGCAAUGAGGUCGAUAAUAGCGCUCCAAGCGCUUGUUGUGCUAGCCUCCGCGCAAGCAGAAUCAUUUACCUUCGGGGCUACGAGGACUCUGAGGCCGGUGACGACGGGAGAUAUUCAGCCUUCAGCGACAGAGACGAUAUCAGGGCCUAUCAGUACGGCGAGAGCAUGUGCGCAGAUUAGCGAAUUGGUGGAUAAGUCAAGAUUAGAGUUUCCGAGUGUAGAAGCGGAGCUUGCAUUCGCCUGCCUUAAAUCCGUUCCCAUCGAUACCGAUGCCGCGUCCUUCACAAUCGACUCCCUAAAACAGAUGUUACAAUUCCAAUCCACGCUCAUGUACCUCAAAUCCCCCCCAAAAGGCUACGCAAACGAUGCUGUGGAUCUCAUUAGCGGCCUAGACGACAUCAAGAGUAAAGUGAAUAGCAACGGUUACAGUAACGAAUAUGAUUUUGAAACCGCCAUCGCAACCCUAUUUGUCAAGGCACAUGAUGGCCACCUGUCCUUCGAUGGCAUGGCAUAUGGAGGCGCAUUUCGAUGGAGAAGGUCGAGACAAGUCUCGCUAAUAUCUGCGUCAUCAGACGGGAAAGAGCCGAAAAUUUGGGCUCUGCAGGAUUUUAACAAGACAAGAGCCAACGGCUUCACGCCUUCUGCGGUUUCUAAAAUCGAUGGAAAGGACGCUGCACAGUUCUUGCAAGAUGAAAGUUUGCUGAAUGCGUACCACGACCCCGAUACAAGAUAUAACGCUAUGUUCUACAUGCAACCCGCGGAAUCCUAUGGAUACUUCACGAACCCGAAGUUCUAUCCCGGUCCUACGCUGAAUCUGACGUUUGAGAAUGGCACGGAACAUACCUAUAUCAAUGCCGCCGUAGUCCUGGACUCUUCUGCGUGGAGCUAUAUCUCAGACGGCAAGGAUUUCUAUAAGACCUUCGUUGCGUACAGUUCCAGUGGCUCCAAGAAAUUGAAACAGAGGAACCCGCAACGCCUACCUCCACAUUUGACGCAUCCAAAGGAGACUAACCUGCACAGGCGAUAUGUUCCAACUGCGUACCCUAAACCAGUCGUUGAGCACUCCGCAUCCGACGUGGGUCUUGCAGGCUACUUUAUCGACACUUCCGCUGGAACCGUAGGCAUUCUCAUGAUCCAGACAUUCAACACGGAGUCAAACGCCGACGCUGUAGAAUUCCAAGCUGUGGUCCAAAACUACAUAUCACAAGCCCAGAAGCGUCAGGUUAAAAAGCACAUUAUCGACGUGCGAACUAACGGUGGAGGUAAAAUUCUAUUAGGCUACGACACAUACAAGCAAUUCUUUCCGUCUCAAGUUCCCCAACUACAGUCCCGAUAUCGCGGUCACCAAGCCACCGAUCUCAUUGGCUCCCAGCUCAGCAGUCUUUCCUUCUCCAGUCGCACCGGCGAACUCUACACCUCACCAUUCAACUUCCAUAGCUACCUAGACAAAGACCUGAAAGCUUUCACAUCUUGGACCAACAUGUACCCUCCGGAAAUUCACUCUAAUGACAAUUUUACGAAGCUUCUUCGCUACAAUCUCUCCGACCCCCUCACCACCUCCUCGGAAAAAUAUUCCAUCGGCAUUACCCUCACAGGCUACAACUCGCGCUCAAACUUCACCACCGACCCCUUCAAAGCCGAAGACCUCAUUAUCCUCUCCGACGGUAUCUGCGCCUCCACAUGUUCCCUCUUCACUGAACUCAUGGUUCAGCAAUCCGGCGUAAAAACGCUAGCGAUCGGCGGGCGACCCGCUCUGGGCCCGAUGCAACCCGUCGGCGGCACCAAAGGCUCGCUCGUCCUACAAUCGCAGUACCUAACAUCACUCUCGGCAUACGUCAUCCAAACAUUCGCCAGCUCACGCACCGAAGCAAACGCCUGGGAGAAAUUCCUCCCCAAUUCCUUCGGCAUCAACGCCGCAGACGCCACAAUCAACUUCCAAGACAACAUCCGCAAGGGGCUCGAAAACGAUGGGGUCCCGACCCAAUUCCUCAACGACUCGGCUAGUUGCAGGAUCUGGUACGAACCGGCAAUGUAUCUCAACGUGACGCAGGUCUGGGCUGCAGCCGCGGAAGUCGCGUUCGGUAACAGUGGGAAGCUAGAUGAAAAGAAGUGUGUGACAGGGUCGGUGACUAGCCAGCAAGCGCAGCAGGGUCAAGGAGAAGGGAACCCAACGACGCCGCAAUCGAGCUCGAGUGCGAAGCCGAGUUCGAGUAAGGGUGCUGCGGCGUCUGUGGCGGUACCGAAGGGAGGUUGGUCCGCUAUCUUGAUGUGUGGAGGAGUCGUGGCGAGUUCGAUGGUGUUUGGAGCCAGCUUGAUAUAAACGAAUCGCGCAUGUCGUGAAUCCGUUCCUUACUGGUCAGAUUGGGUUUGGCAUUUGCAUCUCUCGGCGUUUUGAUAUCGAAUGGAGUUUCAGUUCUGGGACGGACGCAUGAAAGACGAUUUGGGUAUGGGCAACCAUAUGACGUGCCCCGAGAAUAUGUAACUGCCCUUCCAUGGAUGAAGAGUUUAGUUUUGUGUAGUGUAGUAUAGAUACCCCAGGUUGGCUUGGAUUGCGAACAAGGAUAGUAAGGUGGACGGAUCGGAUGUAUGAAGGUAAUUCAGAGAGGGAAAGAUAUUUAUCUGUUCAAUGUACUAUCCCUCACCACGUAGCGAACAUCACCACGUAGCGAGCGAAAUAACAGGUACC